CAAACACUUGCACUGCGUUUGGCAAAGGGCAACUGUAUUGGCAACCGAUAUCUGGAGUACAGUACACUGGACUCAGCGCACAGCGUGGCUUCUUUCCGUCGACAGGAGCACAAUGAAACGAGAACUAGACGAGGACGCGACAGAGGUCGAGGCUGAGCCAGGUGCUGAGCCAACGCUCACCGAAGGAGUCCUUGCUCCCGACAACAAGAAGGUCAAAAUCGAGGAUGUAGCCGAAAGCGCUCCCGCAUCCGUGCCAGAAAGCACCCCCGUGGAAGCUCCUGCUGUCGCACUCACCGACUCGAACGCAACGACGCGCUUCCGUUUGCGCGUGGACAACCUUCCUAAGUAUGCCGACCGCAAGGCCGUUGAGAAAAUCUGUAGAGCAAACGGAGUGGAGGGUUUGGAUCAGUGCAAGAAGGCACCAACAUGGAACUACUGCUUUCUGGCUUUCGAGACGGAGGAGGCGCGGAAGGAUGCGAUGGAGAAGCUGCAGGGGAAGCCUAUGAAGGACAAGGAGUUGGAGGUGUCCUUUGUGAACCUCCAGGAGCGCGAAGGCAUGCGAGACAUGAAGGGAAAAUCGCAACGUGAUGUUGCAGCAGGCAGGGAGGAUGCCAAUGACACACGCACACCCGAGGAGCGAAUCGCAGAUCAAGUCAGUCCGCUAUGGCGGCAAUCUUACACCGAACAAGUAGAAAGCAAGCGCAAAAUGAUGCACAAGGCACUCAAAAAGUUCGGACAGGAUAUGGAACGUUACUUUCCACGAGAUUACUUCAGGAACAGGCAGGAACCGCCUGAAGAUCUUACCAUAAUGUCUGACAUGACGUCGGAGGAGAAAGCUAUUCGACAGCUGGCUUGGUUGAAACCUGCACAGAAGAAGAAUGGCGGCGUCCCGUGCGAGUUGCUGGAGCCCGUGCAUUCCCCGCAAUUGGAAGGGUACAGGAACAAAUGUGAAUUCACAUUUGGAUGGAACUCGGAAGGAAAGAAGGUCGCAGGGUUUCUGUUGGGACUAUUCAAAGACGGCCUCGUCACGGUCAUCGAACCCACAACAACAAAGAUAGUGUCCCCCGCAGCUGCUAAUAUCGCGGAACUGUUGUCUUCAUUUGUGCAAUCCUCCGACCUGGAUCUUUACGACCGCAUCAACAAGGUCGGCUUCUGGCGACUCGCGCUUGUCCGCACCUUCCGAACAGGCGAGAACAUGGUUGUGGUGCAGUACAACCCAACGGGGGUCGACGAAGCGACGGUGCUUGCCGCCCAGAGCGCCCUCAAAGCCCACCUCGAACCGACAAAGGAUACUCCGACUGGUGUUACGACUCUCCUCAUCCAAGAGCACGAUGGCACCUUCAACGGUUUCAUAGACGGCGCCCCUCUGAAGGUGCUUUAUGGGUCGGGCAGUGUUCACGAGACGCUACUAGGGUUGAGGUUUCGGGUCUCCCCAACAGCGUUCUUCCAGGUCAACACGGAAGGGACGGAGCUGCUAUACUCGAAAGUCCGGGAAUGGUGUGCGCUGCAGGAGGUGGAAGCCGAAAGGGUGGGCAGAGGGCUCGUUACCGCUGGGGAAGUGAAAGCGGCCCUACCUCCACCUAUGGAGACACCUGAUUCAAACCAGAGUACCGUUACCGCCAGCCCGCCCACAGAGGCGACUGCGUCAGAAACCAAUAACGGGGCAGCAUUAUCUGCUUUCCCACCCCGCGCGAAAGAUCUGUCACCACCAGGCACUAUCCUUCUGGAUCUUUGUUGCGGAACAGGCACCAUCGGUCUGACCAUGGCAUCUCACGUGAAAAAGGUCAUCGGCGUUGAUAUCAUCGCAUCCGCCAUCGCCGACGCCGAGCAUAAUGCCCAACUGAAUGGUGUCUCCACCACAGCGACCACCACCGUCGACGAGGCUAAAGUCGUCUACUUCGCCGAUCAGGUUGAAAAGGUCAUCAACCAGGUGAUACAUGAGUAUGUGGGGAAAUACGACGACGUAGUUGCAGUGCUUUGUCUGCGUUCUCCGGGCGGAAAUGUUCUGUGGUUACAUCAUGUAUUCGCGUGCUUUGUGAAAUAGGGGGGCAAUCGCUCACGCUGCCUCUCCACUCCAGUUUAUGCAGACCGACCUCCAACA